UGUUGUUCAAUUCGGGCGGUGGAUGCGAACGACAAGCUGGAGAUACUGGCCAAGUCGGCAGUGGCCAAAGAGGUGCUGCAGAUCGGCGUGCACAUACGCGUCUAUUCGCCCGCCUCGUCGACCCUUUCAAUUAUCGAACUUACCAAUGGCCUAAAACUUGGCGAGUACAUAGAGCAUGCUGUUGAUUCUGUGCGCUUCGGAGGAUUUGGCCCGGAUGGUUUGGACGCGCUAGAAGCAGGUGUUGGCCGAUUUUACCAUGCUGGUGGGCGAGCUCCUCAUCACGAGAUUACAGCCUUUUCGUCGAGCGUCAGCAAUUUCCCACGUACUGUAAUUAUGCCUCAGGAACGCUACGUGGAGCCAUUUAGUCAGUCACUCUCGCUUGGUUAG